GCUAUCCAUUUGGAUGGUACGCUGGUACGAACGACCAGCUUCAGCGAGAACGUGACGUAUUUCCCUUGCUCCAGCCUUCCAGUUUGUCAUUUGUGUUUCUGUCGAGCCACGAGGGGGAGUAGUAGCAGGCUAGUCAUCAUUAGCAACAUAGCCUCUUUAGCAAACCAGUUUGAAAACACAACUUUACAUUGAAUUGCACGCAAAGCAUGACCGUGCAAUGCAUAAAUUGGUGACCGGAUUAAAGCAGCAAUGAAAUCCAGUGUGUAAGAGGAUUUAAAAACGACAUUAAAACCUCCAACGUGGUACCAAAACAAAGAAAAUACAUCUCAACCCCCAUUAACUAUGGGCGCAGCCAUCUUCUUUACAAGUUAUACAGCCCUGCUCGCUCUACUUUGAAAGCGACGAGAUACUACGACCAAAGGGGGGCGUGCCUCAGUGAAAUGCCGCAAGAAAUGCUGGGAGAUUUGCGACUUUACCACUUCGUACAUCCAAAUGGAUAGCAGCAUAAUAUCGUCCCUGACCCGUGACGACUUCCUCUUCCGCUGAGAACCUCUGGAAAAAACAUUAUUGCCUUCACUUUUAACUUUGAUUAAACACUUUAACUGUACACUUCAGUCAUUUAAUUUAACAUCACCUAUUAUCUACUGGAGACACGGUCUCGUUGGAAGGACUCGUUCUGUUUUCAGCGGAUAGCCACCUUCACUGCGUUAGCAUCGUUAGCCUAGCAGCUAGCCGCCGCCGGUCUAAUCCUCAGUUUGAAUCCGCCCGCCUGGAGGAGACACACAUCGCCCGGAGGAGACACACCGCCUGGAGGAGACACACCGCCUGGAGGAGACUCACGUUCCUGUCCUUAGAGAGAUGGACCUACAAGGGGGUUCUGAGCCCAUGUCCCUGGGCUCCCCCACGUCCCCCAAGCCCGGGCCUGGAGCCCAGUUCCUGCCUGGUUUCCUCAUGGGUGACCUGCCGGCUCCAGCCAGCCCCCAGCCUCGGUCCUUCAGUCUGUCUGCUCCAGGGUUGGAGCCCAGGACUCCGCUCCACUCCGCAGGCUCCACCCCUCAGCCCAUCCUUCACACUCCAAAGGACAAGAGUGGAGCACCGCCGGCCCGCAGUAUCUAUGACGACCUGACCGCCUCUGGGGCCACACCCAUCAACCUCUACAGACAGCCCUUUACAGGUUUCCAGUCCCCUAUGUCUGGACAUCAAGCUCCUGGCUCAGGGGUGUUAUCUCCAGCGCAGGUGGAUCCCUUCUACAGCCAGGGGGAGGCGCUGUCCUCUGAAGACCAGCUGGACCAGACGUGGGUCACUGUAUUCGGGUUUCCUCCUGCUUCUGCCUCCUACAUCCUGCUGCAGUUCUCCCAGUACGGCAACAUCCUUCACCACACGAUGUCUUCUCCGGGGAACUGGAUGCACCUCCAGUACCAGUCCAAGCUGCAGGCCAGGAAGGCACUGUCUAAGGAUGGCAAGGUGUUCGGAGACUGCAUAAUGGUGGGGGUUAAACCCUGCAUAGACAAGAGCGUGAUGGAGGGUUUGGACCGGGCCUCCACCACCAGCUCUGUGUGUACUCCCCAUCAGCUCCCCUCCACCCCUCUCCACCUCCCAUCCUCUCACAACCAUUCCGCCCUCCUCCCCUCCACUCCACGCUCCUCCAUGAGGCCGCUGAGUGCUGCCUACAAGGCUUCUAGUAGUGACUACCAGGUUGUGGCCGACAAACUGACACCCAGGAAAGAUGAUACCUUUGUGUCUAAAGCUAUGGAGUACAUGUUUGGCUGGUAGCUGUGUGUGUCCUUUUUUAAUCUGAUAUGGUUGCAAUAAAAUUGAGAAUUUGUUUGUUA